CAUAUUUUCCCUAAUGGGAACAUUUCAUUAAUGCAAGAAAGAUUUAAUUGCCGGAGGGUCAUGUAGAAGUGCGUAGGAUUCAUUGUGAAAAAAAACUCGAGGGAGCAUUGCGCAGAAACCUCCCAAAGUGGGAUGCGAGAGAAUCUCAUUUUAUAAGUUCCUCCUUUGAUGAGGUGCUCCUCAGUUGCGGUGAAAGUGUACUCCUGGACACUUGAAGGACUCCUCCAUCUGUGGGACUCCGUAAUUCCGAAGAUGUGGCUAAGAUUGGUGAGUCUUGUGAUGCUCUUCGUUGUUUUCGCGGUGGGAAAGGACACAGUUUGGCACAAGCCAGGAUGUCACAAAGUUGGUCACACGAGAAAGAUCAGCAUACCGGGAUGUGUGGAGUUUCACGUAACAACCAAUGCCUGUCGUGGUUUCUGUGAAUCUUACGCCGUGCCAUCAGCGUGGGGGAGUGUAAUGAAGCCCGUUAAGCCAGUCACAUCAAUUGGGCAGUGCUGCAACAUCAUGGGAACGCAGGAAAUCAUCCGGGAAGUCCUGUGUCUCGAUGGUUAUCGCAAUGUUACAUUCAAGUCUGCUACAGAUUGCUCCUGCUACCACUGCAAGAAGGACUAGAACUUCCACACAGAAUAUUCCGCAAUGCAACAUCUUUUUUUUUUAAUUAGACGCCUCUCUGAAAGACUCUGAUGCCACAUGCAGCAACAAAAUAAAUUAAGGGGGAUACUCUCCAAAUGCUCAAAAUAAUGCAUAAAUAAAAUUUAUAAUCCA